UUGGGGGGGGGGAUCUGGGGGCCGAGAAAACGGUGACACUUGCCCGGCGGGGCCGAGGCGAUCCGGGAAGGGCUUGGUUGGGAGACUCGGGAGGGGUGGGGGGUCUGGAUGUUCUGGUUUGGAAGAACACAGAGAUCUCGGGAGGAGAGACGGGACAGCCCCCGAGCUUCUUUCGGCUCCGGAGGAAGGUCGGCGGCCCGAGAGAGGAGGCGGCCGAAGGAAGACUGGCCGGUGACCAGCGGAGGGUCGGGGGCCAGGGGGAAUUUGAGCUCCGGGGUGGGGUUCGGAGGCUGAGAAGCGAUCCCAGUGGCCAGGCCGGCCCAUGUGACGGAGGGCAGGGCUCGGGGAGGGGAGGCGGGCUGGGUCUGAGCUCCUGGCUCCGGGAGCCAUUGGAGGAAAGGGAAGGUCCUGGGCUUUCCGAGCCCUGGGGAGGGCGGGGCUCUGGGGCGGGGAGGCCCCGCCCAGAGGAGGCGCCCGGGAGCUCAGCCCGAGCUUUCUUGGCCCUGGGGACCCCCUGCCUCCCCCGGAGCCGAGAUCGGGGUCCCUCCUCCCCGCGAGCCCCGAGCCUUCCCUCUCCAGCCGCGCUCGCGCUGACUUCCGGAAGCCAACCCUGUGCUUGCGGGUCCCAGGAGAUGGUGACGUUCCAGGACGUGGCCGUGGACUUCACCGCGGAGGAGUGGGGGCUCCUGGACCCCCCCCAGAAGGCGCUGUACAGGGAGGUCAUGCUGGAGACGGCCCGGAACCUGCUGUCCCUGGGACUUCCUCUUCCCAGAGAAGAUUUGCUCUCCCGUUUUGAGCGAGGGGACGGUCCAUGGAUGCUUGAGCGAGCAGACCCCAGAGACCCCUGCCCAGAUGAAGAUACUAGGCUCGAAAUGAGGAAGGCUACUGCUAAGCCAAUGGAAGAAUCACAAUGGCAAAGAUUCAUGAAUGAUGGUCACUAUGACCUCAAUUUGAGAGAAAUCUGUGAUUCUGGUAUAAAGACAAAGAAAAAACAAAGGAGUCCCUGUGAAUUUGAUAAAGAUGGAGAGACUAACAAACAAUAUUCAGUACUAAUUCACUGUAAGAAAAUGACCUCAGGAAAUGAGAGUAAAUCUAGAGAAUGCUUCAGUGGGCAAAUAGGUGUGAUAAAGUCUCAUGAGAAGCCUUCUGAAGUGCAAAGUUUUCCAUGUGAGAUGGCGUUCAGCUUGAAUUCACAUCUAAGUAGACCUCAGAAGAGUCAUUCUGGAGAAAUGCUUUAUAUGUCUAAUGAAGGUGAGGAGGCCUUCAGCAAAAAUUCAAAGCUCACUGAAGACCAGGAAAUUCAUAAUGGAAAGAAAUAUGCUUGUAAUGAAUGUGGUAAAACCUUUGAAGGACAGUCAUCAUUUAUUUGCCAUCAGAAAGUUCACACUAGUAAAAAGUUAUAUAAUUGUACACAAUGCGGAAAGGCUUUUGAGACAGAACCAUCUCUUAUUUCUCAUAAGACAAUUCAUAAUAGUGAUAAAUCUCUUGACAAUCAUGAAAGUGGUAAGGCUUUCAACGAAAAGUCAUCCUUUACUGUACAUCAGAAAAGCCAGACUAAAGAGAAAUAUUACGAAUGUGAUCAGUGUGGAAAGACUUUCAAACAGAGGUCUGGUCUUGCUGAACAUCAGAGAAUCCACACUGGAGAGAAACCUUAUGAAUGUGAUCAAUGUGGAAAGACUUUUAGACACCGUUCUAGUCUUGUUAAUCAUCAGAGGAUCCACACUGGAGAGAGACCUUAUGAAUGUGAACAGUGUGGAAGGGCUUUCACACAAAGCUCCAAUCUUGCUCAACAUAAGAGACUCCACACUGGAGAAACACCUUAUAAAUGUGAUCAAUGUGGAAAGACUUUCAGAUUCCACUCCAGUUUUGCACUACAUCAGAGAAUCCACACUGGAGAAAAACCUUAUGAAUGUUUUCGAUGUGGAAAGACUUUCAGACAGAGUGUCAGUCUUGUUGUACAUCAGAGAGUUCACAGGAAAUAAACUUUAUGAAUAUAAUCAAAGUGGAAAGACUUUUAAACACAGUUCUAGUCUUAAUAAACAUCAGAGAAUCCACAAUGGGGAAAAAAAACAACGACUUUGUGGAUAUAAUUAGUGUGGAAAGACAUUCAUCAAUCCAUCCAAUCUUGUGCUACAUCAGAGAAUCCACACAACCUUAUGAAUGUAAUCACUGCAGAAAGUUUCAGAGACAACUCUCAUCUUGCUGAAUCUAAGAAAAUCCAUGCUAGUGAAAAACCUUAUGAAUAUAAUCAGUGUAGUAAAAUCUUCCAGCAGUAGUCAUUCCUGAUUUUCCAUAGGAAUAUUCAUACUAGUUGUAAAUCUUAUCAUUAGUGAAUGAGAAAAGCCAUUCAAAUGGAAGAUAGAACUUGUUAGACUUCAGAAAAUUCAUUCUGGGGAUGAGCUCAAUAUGAACUCAAUAUGAGAAAACAUUCAAUCAGAGAUCAUCUCUAUAUCAGAAGAUUUGUAUUUAAGAGAAACCUUAUGAUUGUGCUAAAUGGGACAAGUCUUUUGAUGGAAGAUGGAGGUUUCUCGACAUCAGAAUAUCCACGGUGGAAAGAAGGUCCAGGAAAGUCAAGAUCAUGGGAAAGCCUUGGAGGUUAUUCUUGACUGAACAUUGGAAAAAUCAAGUUGAAAAUAAAACUUAUGAAUCUAAUUAACAAGAGAAAACCUUUUGCUGGAGCACAGAUGUAAUUAGAAAUUUCAGAUUUUAUAUAAGGCACAAAUCCUGUUAAUAUAAUGAAUUUUUCUCUGAAAUAUUAUAGUUUUUCAGCACUCCUCAAUAAUAUUUCCUAAAAUACAUAUACCUUAAUUUCAUUAGUCAUUUCCACUGUUGAUUAAUACUCUCUUGUUUGCAAUUCUUUGUUGACACAAAAUUUUGGUAUAAACAUUUUGGUAACUGUUGAACAUUUAUUUCUGUAAUGAUUUCUUUUGGCUGGUGGGUUUCAAAGUGCUGUUCCUGGUGCCACAAGACCUGAGUUCAAAUCCAGUUUCUGACAUUUACUAGAUUGUGACCCUGGGCAAAGCAUUUAACCUAUUACUGCCUCAGUUUUUCUCAUUAUACCAAGGGGUAGAGUCAAAAUGGCAGCGUAAAGGUAGGGACUCACCUAACAUCUUCCAAACUCUCCUCCAAAAAACUUUAAAAUAAUAGCUUAAAAAAUUCUGGAGUGGUAGCUCCAACAAAAAGACACGGUGAAAUAAUUUUCUGGCCCAAGACUACCUAGAAGGUUGGCAGGAAAGGUCUGUCUCGCUGGGGUAAGAGUGGAGUGCCUUCCAGUGCAAGCUGUGCCCCACCAAGCCAACAACAGGUCUUGGAGUGGACUGAAUCAGCAGCAACAGCAGGGGUUUCAGGAGUUCUCAGCCACGGGUGCUAAGUAUGUUGGAUACGUGAUGUGAUGUGUGCCCUUUGUGGCCGUUGGGUGCAGGACUCUGCUGCAUUGUCCAGGGUUGCUGUCCGAGGGUGAGAGGGAGCAAUAGCACAACUGGACAUUGUUACAAGGUAGAAAAGAAUGAUUGUGGUCACUCAAAAAUCAGAGCACAGAGCAUAGUAAACAUGGCUCUCUUUAGAUCAUACCAUCUUGGAAGAACUGGAGAUUUGUAAACCCUCAGGGAAGAAUGGAAAAAGAACCUGACCAUAGAAAGUACUGUUGUGACAGCAGAUCACAACGUGAACCCAGAAGAAGAAUGGCAAAGUCAAAACUGCUAUAUCCAAAGCCACAAAGGAAAAUGUGAUUUGGUCUUAGGCCCAAAUAGAACUACUGGGAAAGGUUAAAAAAUAAUAAUAAUAAUCAAAUAAGAGAAAUAAAAAAAAUUAUGAAAAGAAAUGAAAGUGACAGAAGAAAAUUAUGGAAAGAGUCAACAGUUUGACUGAUAUUGAUGAAAAUAGCACCUUCAAAAACUUUUGAAUACAAACAGGCAGUUUUCAGACAAGAUAACCAAACCUAUAUAUAGUCAUGUGAAAAAAUACUCUAAAUCACUAUUGAUUAAAGAAAUACAUAUUAAAAUAAAUUUGAGGUACAAAUUCAUAUCUAUCAGAUUUGCUAAUAUUACAGAAAGGGAAAAUGAUAAAUGUUGGAGGGGAUAUGGGAAAAUUGGGACACUAAUGCUUUGUUGAUAGAGUUCUGAACUAAUCCAACCAUUCUGGGAGUAAUUUGUUACUGUGUCCAAAGGGCUAUUAAUUCUGUAUCCAAAAGAGAUUAAAAAGCUGGGGGGGGGGGGUAGGGGAAGGGUUAGGAUGGGGAAGGAAGGACUUAUUUGUACAAAAAUAUUUAUAUCAGCUUUUUUUGUGGUGGCAAAAAAAUUGAAAACUAAGAGGAUGCAUAUCAAUUGGGGAACUGACUGAAGAAGUUGUGGUUUAUGUGGUUUAUGAUUUAAUGGAACAUUAUUGUGCUAUAAAAAUGAUGAGCAAGGUAGUUUUAGAAAAACUUGGGCAUACAUGAAUUGAUGCUGAGUGAAGUAAGCAGAACCAGGAGAACAAUGUCCAUAGGAACGGGAAUAUUGUACAAUGAAAUGAUUUAGCUAUUCUCAGCAAUACAGUAAUCUAAGACAAUCCCAAAGUACUCAUGAGUCCAAAGCCAAGAAACAGAUUAGAAAAAUAAGUUAAUGAACAAAAGGGAAUCUGAUUAUAAGGAACAAAUAUGGGGACAGAAAACAGACUGAAACACAGAAGAUGACUUGAAAAUGCCUUCAAACAGUCAAAGUGAGUUGUUUUUGUAGCCCAGGGCAGCUUAGGAAGACAUGGUAUAGUGGAAACCACAUUGGCUGUGGGCUUUGGAAUUAGCAGCAAAGGCAGCAGCAUUGAGGUGGGAAAGGAUUCAAGGGGAUCCCUGAGUUAGUUCUGGCCACAGAAUCUGGAGAUAAUUGGUAGCUAUGUCAUCCACUUUCCAGUUCCUGGUCAGAGUUUCAAGUUGGAGAGGUUUAGUCAAGGAAGUGGGGAAGUCCUGUAUAAGGACUAGAGCAUUGACCAAGAGGACAAUGAUCAGAUCUUUCCCUGAAUCAAACCACUUUGGAAGCACUAAAAACUUACAAACUCAUAGUCCUAGCAGUAAAAGCAUCAGGACAUAAAAGACAAAAAUUCAGGCCAGAUAGUCAUCCCAGAAAUGAGCAGAGACCAACUCUUACAUAAAGUCCAAAGUAAAAAGAAAAAAGAAAUAGGUUGAAAAGAAAUAAGCAAAGUAAAAAAAGAACAAUUAUAAGUAACAACUAUGGUGACAAGAAACUCAUAACUACAACACAGAAGAUGACUUGAAAACGCAUGCAAAACCUCAAAGAAAAAUGCAGAUUGGACACCAACCCAACAAGAAUUCCUGGAAGAGCUCAAGAGAGGGAAGGGAAACAAAGUAAAAGAAGAUUUUUAAAAUCAAGAAUGACAGAGGGAAAAUUGAGAAAUUAAAUAAACAUAAUGGAAGAAAAACAUGGCAGGAGAAUAGACAGCAUAUUAAAAAAAGCACAAAAAAAAAUCAAGGAAAGAUAGUUUAGGAAUUAUUGGACUACCUGAAAGCCAUAAUUUAAAAAUAAAAGAGCUUAGACAUCAUAUAACCAGAAAUUAUAAAGGAACACUGCCCAGGUAUUUUAUAACUAGAGGGCUAAAUAAAAGUUCAGAGAAUCCAUUGAUCAACUUAUGAAAUAUUCUAAAGUGAAAACUCCCAGGCACAGAUAAUAUAAAACAAAAACAAAAACACACCCAUAAUUCAGGUCAAGGAGAAAACAAGCAGCAAAAAGGAAAGAAUUCAAAUACCAUUGAGCCAUAAUCAGGAUCACACAAGAUUUAGCACAUUUAAAGCCAUAGAGUUUGGAAUGUGAUAUUACAGAAGUUAAAGGAGA